GGCCAAUCGGGAAGCUCGUUACAGCCGCAGCGGAGAGUCUGUUUGUAAGGAGGAAUGGCGACGGUCACUGGAGCUCUGAAGAGAAUCCUCCGCCGGAUCUGACCACUGAGCGCCGGGAAAGCGCUGCUGUAGAGUUUCAGUGUACGUCUGCUAACAAUGGAUGCUUCUCUGGUAAACUCUGCAAUAUCACUGGCAUCACAAACUGUGGUUUCUCCUGUUACUCAAACCUCCAGCAACUUGAACAGGAGACCUCGAAACAAACGGAAGACUCCUGCGUUUCUGUCAAACUUGGGCAAGGCUACAUUAAGAGGCAUCCGCAAGUGCCCUCAGUGUGGCGUUUACAAUGGCACCCGUGGCCUCAGCUGUAAGAACAAGGCCUGUGGAACCAUCUUCAGGAAUGGGGAACAUGGGACUGGACGUUUGAAAAAAGGGGCAUGUGAAGUGGUUCAAGUUGUAACAGACAGUGGAGGUGGCAGGGCCGGAGGGCCGCAAGUGUUCUCUGUGCGUCAGAGGGGACGUGGCCCUGAACAACGAGGCUUUGUUGAGUUAGUCCUCACGGAUACAGCUAUUACAACUGCAGACGGAACCCUGCUGACCCGUGUCAACCUCGGUCGCUGUUACAUGCCCUCUUGUCAGCAGAAUGAAAGUGAGUCAACAGUUGAAGGUGGCCAUCAACAAGCAACACAACCACCCAAAAGUCCCUGUACCCAUGUGAAGCAAGCCAUGGAGUGUCAGACCCAAGCAACACCUCUGCCGCUCAAAAGCUCUGUCCUGGAGGCCCUGGUGGUCACUUCCCAGGCCAAAGAAGAGUUGUGGAGGCUGGCUACAGAGACACCGGGACCUCUAGUGCAGAGGGUUUCUAAAGGGACCCUAAUAGUGAAGUGCCAACCAGGUGAAGCCCACCCUCUGGGAUUGCUGCAUCUGACGGUGGGCUUAACUGGUGUUAAAGACAAGACUGUGGGUGCGGCUCCCUUUCAAUGUGCAUGUUAUGUACCUAAUACCAAGGGGGAUUUGGGGGUGAGAAGUGGGGGUCAGUCUAAUAUCAACAAUGGAGAAAAUUCCCACCAGCAUAAUUUACCUGAGCACUGCCUCCAUUUCUAUGCUUGCGUUUGUGCCUUCACAAGUGAUGAGAAGCUGGCCUCUGAGUUUUCAGCUUUCCUCAACUACAACAUGAAUGGACUGCAGGAGAGGGCAGAUGCCACAACGCUCAGUAUACCUGAGGCUCAGCAGCACAUUGAGCCUUCCAUCUCUCAUCGUCCCAAGAGACUCAAAUUUGUGGAGUCCUCUACUGCUUCCUUUGUCUCAUCCUCAUCUCUUCUGGCUGUCAAAGACACUUCUGCUCCCACCCUAAACCAGCGCUUAGUGCUGGCUCCCACUCACAGAAAACACUUCAGUUCUACUGGGCUUAAAAACCCAGGAAGCAGCCAGCCGGUGGAUGAGACGCAUGUGUCUUUGGGUUUCCAGCACUGGUUGGCCAGUGUUACUGAGAGGAUCCAUCAGACGAUGCACUUCCAGUUUGAUGGAAAGCCAGAGCCGCUGGUCUUCCACAUCCCGCAAGCUUUCUUCAAUGCCUUACAGCAGCGUUUAUCACUGGGCUCAAAGAAGAGAAGACUUCCCAACUACACCACCACUUUUGUGCGUAAUGACGCUUUGCCUCUGGGCUCUUUCUCUAAAUACACCUGGCACAUUACCAACCUGAUGCAUGUAAAACGCAUCUUUGAUACCCCAGAGUUACCACUAGAACUCACUCAGAGUUUUGUGAAGAACAGUGAUGGCUCCUAUUCACCGUAUCGCUGUCGGGAAACCCCUACUGAUCCUGGAUCAGACACCUGCCUCCAUUCACGCACCAGUAAGCCUCUGGCCAUCAGACCACUGGAGCUACGUACCUUCCUCAGAGUGGGGACAUGUGCUUCUGAGCAGACAGAGCCUGUGCCCUUUGUGAUUGAAUGGAUCCCAGACAUCCUUCCGCACUCACAGGUGGGAGAACUGAGGAUCCGGUUUGAGUACGGCCAUCAGCUGGGCAGUAAACCCGAGCACUGCAAGAGCUCGGCUGGGCCAGAGAAAACUGAACAGAUGCCAUCCCACACCAGUGAAGACCCCCUGUAGAAACAUCAUGAAAUUCUCAUGCAAAUCGACAACUACAUUUCUCCACUGUUCAUAAUGUACCCUUGUAAGAAAAAAAUGGAAAACAAUGACACAUUUUAUUGCACUUAUAUUAAAUGGCAAUUAGGAACUUGUAAAGUGCUACUCAGGAAAAGUUCAUUGUCAGAAACAGGUUUAAAGUUUGCAAUACAAGCACCUGAUAUGCAGAUGUAAAAUAUUUAUAAUAUACGUGUACAAAAACAAAAAACAAAAAAAGAAAUAGUGUGAACAUAUGUUUUGUGCUGUACAAUAAGAUCAGAUUUCUUGUUUUGAGAAAUCAUGUUCAUUGAUUUUGUUUUUUUGUUUACAUGUAAAAGAAGAGAACCCUGUCCCCAACCCAAUUUUCCUCACAGAAAAAUGUGCAAAACACUAGAUUUAAAUAAAAAUGGUUUUGUCUGA